AUGUACCAUACCGCGCGUCGGCUGACCCGGGAAACAUCGUCCCGCGGUCGAGCCAUGUCGCACGCGCCUUAUACCAAUCUCCCGUACACGCGGCCGAGUGCGCAGGUCGACCCGGGAAGCAUUGUCCCGCGGUCGACCUUCCCGGGUCGACCUGUUCCCAUCCAACAUCCUGCACGUCCGCACGACCGUACAGAAACCCUAAUUUCACUUGGUCUCGGCUUCUUGAAUCGAAGAUUCGACCAUAGUAUCAUUGCGGCCACUUGGUUUAGUUCUAGACGCACUUCUUCUCCAGGUGUUUCCAUGUAUAUGUCAUACUCAAACCAAGUCCCAACGCGUUCACUCAGAAGGAGAAUCAGCAAAAGAAACAAUCCAAAACCAGUCCUCAACGAAUCCAAGUUCCAAGCAACGAUCUCAAACCUCCCACCAAGAUUCACCCCUGAAGAACUCGCCGACGCCAUAACACUCGAAGAAGACCCACUAGUGUGUCUCCACCUUUUCAACUGGGCGUCUCAACAGCCAAGGUUCAAACACUCCAACUGCUCCUACCACGUCGCCAUCAGGAAGCUCGGCGCCGCGAAAAUGUACAAAGAAAUGGACGACAUCGUGAACCAGGUGCUCUCACUUGGUCACAUUGGCAACGAAAACCUCUACAAUUCGAUCUUGUUCUACUUCACGAAAGCCUCCAAGUUGAUCCGCGCGGUGAAUAUCUUCAGGCACAUGACCACUAGCAAGAACUUGGAAUGUAGACCGACGAUUAGAACCUACCACAUUCUCUUCAAGGCCUUGUUAGGUCGAGGUAACAACUCCUACACGAGCCACAUGUAUAUGGAGACGGUGAGGUCUUUGUUUAGGCAAAUGGUUGAUAACGGGAUCGAGCCAGACGUGUUUGCGCUAAACUGUUUGGUUAAAGGUUUCGUGCUGUCGCUCCACGUGAACGAUGCUCUUAGGAUAUUUCAUCAGAUGAGCGUGGUUUACGGUUGCGAGCCGAACUCGUUUACUUAUGAUUAUCUGAUACACGGGCUGUGUGCACAAGGGAGGACCGUUAAUGCUAGAGAGUUGCUUGAUGAGAUGAAAGGGAAAGGCUUUGUUCCUAAUGCCAAGUCGUAUAACUCUCUGGUUAGUGCUUUUGCGCUUGGCGGCGAGAUUGAUGAUGCGGUCAAGUGUUUGUGGGAGAUGAUUGAGAAUGGGAGGCUCGUUGAUUUGAUUACGUAUAGAACUCUUGUUGACGAGAGUUGUAGGAAGCGGAGAUAUGGUGAAGCGAAGAGAUUGUUGGAGAUGUUGCGAGAGAAGAAGCUUGUGGAUAGAGAUUCUUAUGAGAAGCUUGUGAAUGUUCUUGAGAAGAAUUUGUAG